UUUUUUUUUUUUUUUCCCCGCUCGCUUUUAUGAUUCGGGGCUUUAGCUUCCCCUACGACAUUGCAGGCUUUCUGCUUUCUUCUCCUCCAAUCCAUCACGAAGCAGGGUUAAAUUGGUUAUUUCCCCCUUCCUUCUGAGCAAUCUCGUAGCCCAGAGCCGGAAAAGAAAGGCAGAUGAAGAGUCCGCUGUCUCUGAGGCGCCUCUCUUCUUCCAGAGCUCCUGGUCUGAGGGCCUGACCUUGAGAUUAACGUCUUUUUUUUCUUUUUUUUUUUUGAGAGGUCCUGGGGGGAACUGGGUACUAGGGUGUAAUGUCAGUAAACUUGCUAAUUAUGCCCUCUCCAUUCAAGUCUAUUUUCCUUCUAUGUUGUUAUUUCUCACAACACGAAAUCGCUCCUUGGUUCUAUAAGCAAAGUACUAAUUUAAAUGACUUACUUGCUGAGGGUUGGACUGAAUAUUAGUGUAUGUAUUAAGGGUUGAUCUGUUUUGUUUGGAAUUCUUAAAGCAUUUUGGGCUUCAAAACUGCCCCACCUAUGUGAAAGGAACAUUAGUUGAACUUAACAAAAGUCAGCCCAUAAGCAAACCUUGUUUCCUGAAUUAUUGAUUCAUUAAGUAGUGACUAAAAGCUUGGCUUCUCUGGUGUGCAGUUGGUUGGGCAGUGGCCUAUAGAAAUUGGAUUUAAGAGCCAUGUUGGUUAAGUCAUAUUUUAAUUGUUUUCAUAGGCAACUGGAUCUAAUUGUAGGGUGUAUAUUUUAAGCACCUCUGAAAGUACUUAGGGGCUUUUUUUCCCCUGAAGGAUAAGUGUAUUAAAUAUCCCCAAUUCUCUUAAUUAUGCUGGAUAGAAAGGGUGACAAUUGCUUAGGAUUUCACUGGAGAAUUAUUUGGAGAAAGUAUUAUGGAAGUUCUUCGCCCACAGCUUGUAAGAAUUGAUGGACGGAUUUAUAGGAAGAAUCCUAUUCAAGAACAGACUUACCAACAUGAAGAAGAGGAUGAGGACUUCUAUCAAGGCUUCGUGGAGAGUGCAGAAGAGCCCUGUGAUGGCUACGAGGUGGUGCAGACCCCGCAAGGUUUCCAGUGUACCGUGAAGGCCCCCAGCCUGCUCUACAAGCAUAUAGUUGGCAAGAGAGGAGAUACUAGGAAGAAACUAGAAGUGGAGACCAAAACUUCUAUUAGUAUUCCUAAGCCUGGACAAGAAGGAGAAAUUGUAAUCAGUGGCCAGCAUCGAAGUGGUGUAAUUUCAGCCAGAACUCGGAUUGAUGUUCUUUUGCUCACUUUUAGAAGAAAGCAGCCCUUCACUCACUUCCUUGCCUUUUUCCUCAAUGAAGUUGAAGUUCAGGAACGAUUCCUGAAGUUCCAGGAGGAAGUAUUGGAGAAGUGCUCCAAGGAUCAUGGAGUUAAUAGCACCAUUUUCCAGAAUCCCAAAAAGCUUCACCUAACAAUUGGGAUGUUGGUGCUUUUGAGUGAGCAAGAGAUUCAGCAGACAUGUGAGAUGCUACAGCAGUGUAAAGAGGAAUUCAUUGACGACAUUACUGGGGGCAAACCCCUGGAAGUGGAGAUGGAAGGGAUAGAAUACAUGAACGAUGAUCCUGGCAUGGUGGAUGUUCUUUAUGCCAAAGUCCAUAUGAAAGAUGGCUCCAACAGGCUACAGGAAUUAGUUGAUCGAGUGCUGGAACGUUUUCAGUCAUCUGGACUAAUAGUGAAAGAGUGGAAUAGUGUGAAACUCCAUGCUACAGUCAUGAAUACCCUAUUCAGGAAAGACCCCAAUGCUGAAGGCAGGUACAAUCUCUACACAGCAGAUGGAAAAUAUAUCUUCAAGGAAAGAGAGUCAUUUGAUGGCAGAAACAUUUUAAAGCUGUUUGAGAACUUCUACUUUGGUACCCUAAAGCUCAAUUCAAUCCACAUCUCUCAGAGAUUCACAGUAGACAGCUUUGGAAACUACGCCUCCUGUGGACAAAUCAACUUUUCCUGAGCUGGAGUUUGGGAAGCAGGAGAAACUCAACCUCCUGACAAGCUCUUCUCUGGAAAUGUACUGCCGAAGCCCGUUGGAGCUCAGAUUCACAUCCUUUCUUCCAUGCCUACUGAUUUUGCUCCAGCCAUUAAAGUCUUUUGUAUUCAUACUUUAAAAGAGAAUUAAAGACAUGUGGUUUUAUUAAUCUCAUCAUCUAGAUCAAAUAUCUACAAUUUAUAUAAGGUUGGAUUUUUUUUCUUCUGUUUGUACCCUGAAUUUUAAUCACUACCCAGAAUUUCUUUUUUUAUUAUAGUAAAAAACACAUAAUGUAAAAUUUACCAUCUUAACUAUUUUUAAGUGUACAGUUCGGUAGUAUUAAAUAUAUUCACAUUGUUGUGCAACGCCUCCAGAACUUUUUCAUCGUGCAGAGCUAAAACUCUGUACCAUUACAUAAUAAUUCCCCAUUUCCCUCUCCCCCAAGACUGGCAACCACCCUUCUACUUCCUGUCUAUGAAUUUGACCACUGUAGGUACCUCAUAUAAGUGGAAUCAUACAGUAUUUGUCUUUUUGUGACUGGGUUAUCCCCUUUAACAUAGUCUUCAAAGUUAAUUUUUAAGGCUGAAUAAUAUUCCAUUCUAUGUAUAGACACAUUUUGUUCAUCCAUCCAUCCAUCCAUCCAUCCAUCAAUGGACACUUGGGUUCCUUGACCUCUUGGCUAUUGCGAAGAGUGCUCUAUGAACACGAGUAUACAGAUAUCUCUUCGAGACUCUGCUUUCAAUUCCUUUACUACUCAGAAUUUUAUUUUUUGAAAAAUAACUGUUCAAGCGUUUCCCUUUUACUUUGAUCUGUCUUUUUUCUUCUGAAGUUGGUACCUUUUUAUGUUUGUUGGAUUCCUGUUUCUUUACCGUCUCCCUCACCUUUCCAUGCCACUGAUGCAGUUGCAGUAUUGUAGCCCUUUUAUAUUUACUUCUCAGGGCAGCAGUGGUAGAAACGAUGAUAUCAGCAGGACUGCAGAGUCCCUGGGAACACAUCAGCUGCAGGAGGUCCCCUGUCCUUGCCACAGAGCAACAGGGGGAGGGGCCCCCAGCCCAGCUUUGCCCUUCCCGGCAGUCCCCAGGGAGCUCUAGCCUCCCUGUCACCUUUCAUUCCCUCUCCUCUCAUCCUUUCUCCCUCCGUGUCCUCUCUCUUUCUCUUUCCUCCAUUCCUUAGUCUUAUCUUCAGUCUUACAAUAUAAGAAGUUUGAUUCUGAGCCCUUGUGUGUUAAGGUCAAUACCUAGUAAGUGAGAGCAGUGUAUAACACUCAGAUUUGUUUAUCGCUGUGACCACACAGAUCACCUGUGAAUAAAUGAAUUUCCAAGUAA